CUUAGGUCAGUAUCUUCGAUCCGUUGCACAGUUUGGUCACAGAAACGAAACGUUGCACACAAUUCUGAGAACUUGCAGCUCAAGUGUCAGCACUCCAGAACAUAGAAAUAGAAUUCUAUUCAUUGCUCCAGACUGCUAAACUCUCAGCACAAUUGCAUUGUUUUCAUUCAAAUAGAAAUUCGAACUAAACCAGGAUUGACAUCUUAAGGGUUGACAACUCUAUUGAACUGGUCAAUUCGGUCGGAGGACCUGACUGAGAACGCUACAAUGGAUGCCAGAAGUGAACUUUCAAAGACGGACAAAAUGCUUACUGCUGAAAAUAUGCAAGAGAUUGGAACGCUAUUUCGUGAUGGUGGCGUCACGCAGGGGACUGAACCCGCUUCAAAGCGAGUACAUUUCCCACCCAUCUCAGAGACCGUGCAGCUCACGCUCGCAGAAAGUCAAUUCAAGCCACAGCCGCCCUUCAUCAGAAGUGGAUCUGCUCGUAACCAACGCUCCUACCGUACUGCACAUUUGGACCAGACUAUGUCCAAACAUGGGCGUGUGGUGAAGCUUCAGCAGAGAGACACAUUAAAAGGCGGUGUCUUCACACCAGUUCCACCAAACACCCUGCCAGGCGUGGAGGAGUAUAAGCAAACACCAGAGCGUAUAUUCCUGCCACCCAUCCUUGAUAAGGUGCAGGGCACACAUCAUCAGACCCAGACGAAGAUUCAGCAGAGAGACACAUUAAAAGGCGGUGUCUUCACACCAGUUCCACCAAACACCCUGCCAGGCGUGGAGGAGUAUAAGCAAACACCAGAGCGUAUAUUCUUGCCACCCAUCCUUGAUAAGGUGCAGGGCACACAUCGUCAGACCCAGAUGAAGAGUCAGCCUAGAGACACAUUAAAAGGCGGUGUCCUCCCACCAGUUCCACCAAACACCCUGCCAGCUAUAAAGACCUCGCCACACACGCAGCUGGACCAGACUAGGUCCAUAUAUGGGCGUGUGCUCAGGACUCAGGAGAGAGACACAUUAAAGGGCACUGACUUCCCUCAAGAUCCACCAAACACCCUGUCAGGCAUGAUGCAUGUACACUUGCCACCCAUCAACGAUAAGGUGCAUCGGACACAUCGUCAGACCCGGUCAAAGUUUCAGCAGGGAGACACCUUAAAAGGCAGCUUUCUUCCACCGUGUCAAACAAACACACUGCCAGCUAUAAAGACCUCACCACACAUCCAGCUAUCGACUAGCACAGUCGAGCACGGGUCUACAAUCAAAUCAAAGCAUGUACCUUUACCACCCAUAAGGUUCAACUCACCACAGACUGCACUAAUGCCACAAAGAGGUCAUCAAGAUUAAGCAGGAGAGGCAUUAUUCCAGGUGAUCUGGUUUCCUUAAACGAUUGUGUGGGUUCAUUCCAGGUGAUCUGGUUUCCUUAAACAAUUGUGUAGGUUUAUUCCGAGUGAACCGGUUACUCCCACAAUUAAAAUAAAUAAAUAAAUGUUUACUAAAAAAAAAACACUAUUUGUUGUAUGUCAAUGUUAUGGUAUGAACAUUAGCUUCUGACCUUGUUCAGCGUGCCUAUUACAACGCAGCUUAUUAGUGCAAAGGGAUAUUGAGUUACAUAGAUUAACAGAAUCAUAGUUCUCCCUGUUGCGUUUUUUACAUCAAACACUGAAUGUAUUCCCUGCUUAUCGAUCACACAAAACUGGCAACAUUUGUUUGCAGAAAAGCUUUCCACAUAGCCGCACAAUAAUUGCAUUGCCAAAUUGUCUGCUGUCAAAAUUGAA